GGAAUAACCCGUGACUCCUUAUCGUGAUUUAGAAUGAAGAAUUAAUCUCCCUCUUUAAUCUGGAGUCACCGUGAAGUCAUUUUUUAAACGCCAUAUAUAUUUUUUUGUAGUUUAAUUUUUGACUACAAAAAGCGCGGCGUUCAAACGUUCCUAGCUAGCUUUGUUUCUGUCCGGUGACUUUAGUGUGACGGACUGAAGCAACAUGACAGCCGCUGGUGAGAACAGUGGUGUGAGAGAAGCAGCAGAAAUGGAUGAAGAGGCCAAACUGCAGAUUUUAAAAGGCGCAGCGUUCCUGACCACGGUGGCGUCUGCGGGGAUGAUCGGGGGAUUCGGCUCCACGUUGGCGCUGGCUAAGAAGAAAAGUCCGGGCUGGUUUAAUAAGGGCGUGACGGUGACGGCGGCCGCCCCAGAGAGUGGGGCCUCUCUGGCCCUCAGAGCGCUCGGUUGGGGGUCCCUGUACGCGUUCUGUGGAGUCGGUCUGCUCAGCUUCACCGUGUGGAAGGCUCUGGAUGUUCACAGCUUCUCAGAGUUCAGACGGAAGAUGCAGUCCUUCUUCCCGUCCAUCCCGAAGACCCCCGAGUCCACACCCAGACCUGAACCUGUGGACUGGGACUCGCUCUUCAAGUAAAAGUGACCUGAUGCUGCUCCUGGACGACCAAUCACACGGGUCGACACAGGAACUGAAAUAAAUGAAAGACUCUGCUGACGUCUGCUGCGUCUGGAGGAACAUGUGGACUGGUUCAUCCCCUGAUCCUGGUCUGGAUCCCUGCAGCCCUCCUGGGUGUUUAUUUUUAUAAGGACUAAAGGAAGUCGUGUUUCUUUGAGGAAGAACUUUUGGAAACAUUUUCCACCCAGGUUUUUUUUUUCUCUUGUAAUGAACAUUUCAGCCACCAGGGGGCUCCACUGUGCCUGAACCUGCCCAGACUUUAAUCAUCUAAGGGAAAAACUAAAUGUUAUUUAUUGAACUAUGAUCACAGGAACAUUAAUCUGUUAUUAAACUGUUACCAUGUUACAGUUUCUGUUCAUUUUUCUGUAAACAUCAGAUUUAUUCAGCUCUGACUGAAAAAGUACGAUGAAUGAAACACGAGUUUUGUUUUCUGAGGUUCUGUUUGAAGCUGUUUGUGUUAAAUACUGAUUUAAAUAAAGCUUUGUGAACAGUUUGGA